AUGGCAAACCGAUUUGUUUCAUCAACUAAAGAGACGAUUUUAGAAUUUCAGAACGCAUCAAGAAAUAUAAAUACAGACAAAUCUAACAAUGUGUGGAUGAGUUUAUUUAUUAAAUUUCGUGAAGCUCGUGGUUAUUCAAUUGAAAUUAUUGAGCUGGAUAAUAAAACAUUAUCUGAUCAGUUGGAACAAUUUUUAGUUGAGAUACAACAAUCUAAUGGCCAUGAAUAUAAAGCAUCAUCUCUUUAUACUGGAUUUUGUGCCUUGGCACGAGGAAUAUCUGAAAUAUUUGAGAAAAUUAGAGUUGUGAAUUUAUUUGAUAUUUCUCAAUUUAAAAGUUUACAUAAAACUUUAGAUGGUCGUAUGAAAUCAAUUGCUGAUCAAGGGAAGAAUAAUCGAAAACAAUCAGAUCCAUUGGAAAUUGAUGAAAUUAAAUUUAUACUUAACUCACCUGUCACUAAAACAGAUACUCCUAAAGGUCUUCUGCGAAGAGUGUGGAUAUGGUUAACUUUAUUGUGCUGUUUAAGAGGUGGUGAUGCCAAACGAUUGAAAGCUUCUUAA